AUGCUGAAAGCUGCAUUUAUUCUAUCACUGACUUUCUGUUUGGCGUUUGCUAAACACGAACAGUAUGCUGGCCAUGUACUCUACGAAGUGACAGUAUCAGAUGCACAGCAAGCGCAAAAAGUACACGCAUUGGAGAAUGUUGUGGGCAUAGACAUGUGGUCGUACGCGACCCCAGCUAGACCUGGACUUGUGUUGGUCGCUGGUUCCAUGAGGGAUUAUUUCCAUAAUCAAAUCAAUGCUGCUGGAGCUACCUUCAAAAUUGAAGUGGAGAAUGUUGUUGAGAUGCUGGAGAAGGAAGAUGAACUUUUAUCUGCCGCAGUAGCGCACAGCAAUGGAACCGACAACCGGCUCUCCUUUGACGUUAUCCACCGUUACGCAGCGGUCGAUGCUUAUCUUACUAACUUGGCUCGGCAAUACUCGACCGUGACAGUUGUUUCUGGAGGAAGAAGUUUCGAAGGUCGCGACAUUAAAUACUUGAGGAUAUCAACAACCAACUUCCAGAAUAACCGUAAACCAGUGAUUGUUCUUCAAUCUUUACUGCACGCCCGUGAAUGGGUGACUUUACCCGCUGCUUUAUACGCCAUUCGAAAAUUGGUUGUCGACAUCACAGACAGAGAUUUGGUUAACAAUAUUGACUGGAUCAUCUUACCUAUCGCCAACCCUGAUGGUUACGAGUUCAGCCACACAAACACUCGGUUCUGGAGGAAAAACCGUUCAACUGGCCACAUGAUCGGCAACAUUUGCCUCGGAGUCGACCUGAACCGUAACUUCGACUACAGAUGGGGUACCUUGUCCAGCAACUCUCCUUGUUCCGACACCUUCCACGGCGCAGGUCCCUUCUCUGAACCCGAAACUGUCGUCCUCCGCAACAUCAUCCAGCAACUCAGGAACCGUAUUGAGCUAUUCAUCGACAUCCACAGCUUCGGAAGUAUGAUUCUUUACGCUUACGGUACUGGUGACCUGCCCGCUAAUGCUUUAACUCUUAACGUCGCUGGUGUAAGAAUGGCACAGGCUAUCGAUGCUGUCAAAUGGUCAUCCAAACCCAACUACCGUGUUGGUAACUCGGCUCUAAUCCUAUCAUACAGGGAUUCAGGAAGUGCUAACGAUUACGUUCAAGCGGUUGGAGUACCUCUGGCUUACACUUAUGAAUUGCCAGCGCGCGCAAACUCAGGCGGUCUGAAUGGUUUCCUUGUUGACCCUGCUUUCAUCGAACAAGCUGGAAGGGAAACCUGGGAAGGUAUUAAGGCUGGUGCUAGAUUCGUUCUGCAGCACACCAGAAGCAACAAAGACUAG